AUGGCCCCUCGAAGUGCUGCUAAGUCGGCGCAGAGUGGCAAGGCUGCUCGUGGAAGGGCAAAGAAGGCAUCACGAUCCCGUACGAAUGUGCCUACUUCCGAAACUGAGGAAACCGUACUCAACGAUACGGCCGAGUCUUCUACGCCUACCAAUUCUGCUAAGUCAAGCAAGAAGACUCCUCCGCGCAAGAAACCGCCCCCUCGUACGCCUGCGAACGAGAACGAAGAUGACGACGGAAGUGAGACUGACGACGAUGACGAUGUUACGAUUACGCACGUAACCAAUUUGAAGGAAUUCGGUCCCCAGGCUGCACAGCUUCUUCCGGAAAAGCUCUUUGGCAUUGCAAUUUCUGAAAUCGACUUUCGCACUUCCGUACGGCCUCAAGAAGCUAAGAAGUUUACCAUUUGGGCUUUUUUGCGUGCCCUACGAGGUUGCUCUGUCAAAGGUCUUGAGGCAGUCAAGAAAGAUCAGGAACCUCGACCUCUCGUAUUGCGUACUAAGAAGUCGAAGGAAAAGAGUGAGAUUGAGUACGUUCUCAAUUUUACUAGUACGCAGAACUGCGACGCUAUGCUUCGCUAUCUCUUUGGCGAGGAGGUAAUGGACGACGAUGGCAACCCCAAGGUGUGCGAGAAGUGUUUGAAGGGCAACGGAGCACUAAUUGGCUGUAUUGUUGGAAACGGUGCCUCCUCCUGUGCCAAUUGUGAUUGGAAUCGCUCUGGUGCCGCCUGCUCCUUUACGAACUCUCCCCGCAAGCGUAAGCAUGCCAAGAGCGACGACGAGGACGAUGACGACAGCGGCUCAGACAUCUUGGAGGGUAUUGACCGCAAGACCUGCCUCAAGAUUGCUGCUAUCUUCCGUAAGGCUACUGACAAGAAGAAGAAGAAGCAUACUUGA